AUGACCGCGACGGGCUGCGGCGGCCCCAACUGGAUCCAUGGCACGAGAAACAACCCCCUCGUCGAGAUCAGCGAGCGCUCUGGCACGGUGACAGACUCAUGGGAAGGGCUGCAGACGACCUUCGAUACAGAUGGCAGGCUGCUAGACCCGGCCCAGAGUGCCAAAGUGGCCGACUUUAUAUGGACGACCAUCGACCGGGCUUUCACCCUCAGUCAGAAGGAUUGCGCGAACAUUCCGGCCAGCAAGAGUCUGCUCGACUUCUUUAGGGACGAGCUCGCGCAGUCCGGGUUCAGCCAGGCAGAGAAGGACGCCUGUCUGGAGUCGGCAAAGAUGUGGGGGGCGUACAUCGGCUCGCCCAUCGAGAGACAGAGCUUGAAGUUCUUCCUCCUCGAGGAGUGCCUUGAAGGGACCAACUUGUUCGUUGCGUCGACAUACAAGAAAAUUCUCCAGCACGUUGCUCGGCCGGCUCUGGAGGGAGCAGAGAUACGUUUCAACGAGACAAUCGUUACACUUGAAGGCAAGACUCGUUCCGCAGGGACGGACAGCCGGGUACUUGUCCGCACGUCGGCCGGCAAGGAGUAUCAUUUCGAUGAAGUCGUUGCUACGUUUCCCCUCGGAUGGCUGAAGCAGAACAAACAGGCAUUCAGCCCUGCCAUGCCACAGCGUCUCUCUGAGGCAAUCGACCAUAUCUCCUAUGGCCGUCUGGAGAAGAUAUAUGUGAACUUCCCGGCUGCAUUCUGGCGGCAAGAGCCAGCUGCGUCCAACAGUAUCAACCCAACGUUCCAGUUUUUCUCGCCUAGCUAUGUCGAGCACCCCAGUACUCCCUACUGGAACCAGGAGUGCCUCUCUCUGGCUGAUCUUCCGGGGAGCUGUGCUCAUCCUACCUUGCUCUUCUACACAUACGGCACCUGUGCGGAGCAUAUAGUGUCCAGCAUAUCUGGCCACCCAGCUGACUCAAAGGAGUAUUACAGCAUCCUGCACUCCUUUUUACUGCCGUAUAUCUCUCGACUCCCAGGAUACGACGACCAGAACCCGUCAUGUAAACCUACUGGUUUCCUGGCUACAGAGUGGCAGACGGAUCCCCUUGCGGGAAAUGGGAGCUACUCUAACUUCCAGACGGGUCUGACCGAUGGCCUGGGUGACAUCGAGGCUAUGCGGGAAGGCAUGGGAAUUGACAGGGGUAUAUGGUUUGCCGGGGAACAUACCGCACCGAUAGUUGGACUUGGGACUGCUGCUGGAGCCUACUGGAGCGGGGAGGAAGUCGCCAGGAGAAUAUGUAGCAUGUAG